AUGGACUUCCUCAUGGGCAUGUGCUGCAAGGACUUCGUGGUGGUCUGCGCCGACACCAACGCGCAGAUGUCCCAGAUCCUGACCAUCAAGCACGACGAGGACAAGAUCGUGCCCAUCGACAGCCACAAGGUGAUGGCCCUGGCGGGCCAGCCGGGUGACCGCUCCCAGUUCUCGGAAUUCAUCAUAGCCAACGUGCGCCUCUACGCCCUCCGCAAUUCCCGCCGCCUCAGCACGCACGCCGUGGCCAACUUCACCCGCAACGAGCUGGCCACCAGCCUGCGCAAGAAGCCGUACAACGCCAACAUGCUGAUCGCCGGCUACGAUGAGUCUUGCGGCCCCUCGCUGUACUGGAUGGAUUACCUCGCCACGCUGCACAAGACGAACGUCGCGGGCAUGGGCUACGGGUCCUACUUCGCGCUGUCGCUCUUCGAUCGGUACGCCAAGGUGGACAUGGAGGAGAAGGAGGCCGUGGCGCUGAUGGCACGCGGGGUGCAGGAGGUCAUAAGCCGGAUCACGGUGGCGCCGUCGGACUAUGUCAUCAAGGUGGUGGAUAAGAACGGGACCAGGACUGUGGAGACGAUCUCACCGGGACACGUCGCAAAAUGA